AUGCGAGUGCUGGUGCCAGUGUGGGUGUGCUCGCUGGGGGCUGCGCUGCUGGCGGCGGGGCGCAGCCUGCCCCGGCUCCGCCUGCCCUACCGCGAGCUCGUGGGCACAAACCGCUCGGUUGUCUUCUUUGGCCACCGAGGCUUCCUGGGCUUCCGCUCCCUCUACCUGGAUGAGUACCGGGACCGGCUCUUCGUUGGAGGGAAGGAUGUGCUCUACUCCCUGCUCCUGGACAGGGCCAAUGCAGAUGCCAAGGAGAUCUACUGGCCACCCCUCCCUGGGCAGACAGAGGAAUGUUUUCAGAAGGGCAAGGACCCAGGGACUGACUGUGCCAACUACAUCCGCAUGCUGCACCCCUACAACCGGACGCAUUUGCUGGCCUGCGGGACAGGAGCCUUCCACCCUGUCUGUGCCUUUGUUUAUGUGGGGCACCGUGGCGAGCAUAUCUUCAGCCUGGACCCUGUCAGUGUGGAGUCUGGCCGGGGCAGGUGCCCGCAUGAGCCCAGCCGAGCUUUCGCCAGCACCAUCAUCGGUGGGGAGCUGUACGCCGGCCUCACCGCAGAUUUCCUGGGCCGUGAUCCUGGCAUCUUCCGCAGCACAGGGACGCGCUCCGCCUUGCGCACAGAGGUGGACCAGAGCUUACUCAGCGACCCCAAAUUCGUGGCAGCCCACCUGAUUCCAGACAACAAUGACCGGGACAACGACAAAGCCUAUUUCUUCUUCACGGAGAAGGUGGUGGAAGUAGAUAGCAAGGAGCCCACCAUCGUCAGCCGGGUGGCACGGGUCUGCGUGAAUGAUGCUGGUGGCCAGCGGGUGCUAGUAAACAAGUGGAGUACCUUCAACAAGGCCCGUCUGCUGUGCUCUGUGCCCGGUCCCGGUGGCAUUGACACCCACUUUGAUGAGCUGGAGGAUGUCUUCUUGCUGAGGACCAAAGAUGGAAAGAGCCCAGAGAUCUAUGCCCUCUUCAGCACUGUCAGCCAUGUUUUCCAGGGCUCUGCAGUGUGUGUGUACCGCAUGGCUGACAUCCAGGAGGUCUUCAAUGGGCCCUUCGCCCACCGGGAGAGCCCCCACCACCAGUGGGGUGCCUAUGAGGGCAGGGUGCCCUACCCACGGCCAGGCGUGUGUCCCAGCAAGACUACCAACCAGCCCCGGCGGCAGUAUGGCACCACCAAGGACUUCCCUGAUGAGGUGCUGCACUUUGCCCGUGCUCACCCCCUCAUGUACCAGCCUGUGUACCCCUGGCACCGCCGGCCCCUCCUGCUGAAGACUGACCUGCCCCACCGCCUGCGCCAGCUCGUGGUGGACAGGGUGGAGGCUGAAGAUGGGCAGCACGAUGUGCUCUUCCUUGGGACGGAUGCUGGCUCAGUGCUGAAGGUGGUGGUCCUGCAAAAGACAAGCUCAGCUGCAACUGAGGAAGUUGUCCUAGAGGACCUGCAGGUUUUUAAGAAGCCUGUGCCCAUCACCCAAAUGGAGAUAUCUGUCAAGCGUCAAACACUCUAUGUGGGAUCUAGCCUGGGAGUGGCCCAGGUACGGCUCCACCAGUGUGAGACCUAUGGCACAGCUUGUGCUGAAUGCUGCCUGGCCAGGGAUCCCUACUGCGCCUGGGAUGGCACCGCCUGCACUCACCACCAGCCCUCGGGCAAGCGCCGCCAUCGCCGCCAGGACAUCCGUCACGGCAAUCCUGUGCACCAGUGUCUGGACCAGAACCUGACUGUGGAUGAUUUUGAGAGCGUGGAGGAGAAGGUGCUUUAUGGGGCGGAGGACAACAGCACCUUCCUGGAGUGUGUGCCUCGGUCCCCGCAGGCCAGCGUGCAGUGGUUUGUCCAAAGGCCCCCAGACGAGCAGCGGAACGAGGUGAAGACGGAUGAGCGGAUCCUGCAGACGGAGCAAGGGCUGCUCUUCCGCAGGCUGCACCGCCGCGACUCCGGAAUCUACUACUGCAAAACCCUGGAGCAUGGCUUCACCCAGACAGUGGCCAAGACAGCCUUGGAGGUGAUCACCAGCGAGCAGCUGGCACACACCUUCCCCCGGGAGCAGGGACACAAGUCCCCAUACCUGCCUUGCCCUGAACUCUGGCUAACACCACAGGUUCCCAAAACCUGGUACAAGGACAUCAUGCACCUCAUUAGCUCCCAAAACUUGCGGCGGGUGGAGGAGUACUGUGCCCGUCUCUGGUGUGGCACCAGCCGCCCCCACCACCGCAAGAGCAAGCUGGCCCAGGGCAAGCAUGUCCUGGGCAGUGUGGAUGUGGGCAAGAGGGCACGGAUGGCCAAACCCCACGGCGAGAGAAACCGUGUGCCGCGGCAAGCGGCAGCCACUUAG